CACCGUUGGUUAUAAGCCAGAAAACCUUGACAUGGAUUUUCAGUUCCAAUGAGGAAGCGAUCUUGCAUCUCAUUUCAUUUUUACUUUCUUUUUUCUUUUAUUUUCUUUACAUCUCAUAACCCGCGAAAAAUGAUCUGCGGCUUUUGAGAACCACCUUUAAACUUAAAGCCACGUGACCUUGCAAACGACCUCUAAUUCGGUGCUAGUAUCGUCCGUUCCUAGCUGAGUUUUACUAUAACCCCUACAUCAUUGACACGUUUGGAACACGUUCGUUGUCCGAGUGUCCAAGCGAAAGCUCAGUUAUAACGUUAAAUUCCUCGCGACUUGCUACUAAAAACCGGUAGUAAAGGAUUCCCGAAUCAUCUAAGAUAUGAUACGAACGACGACAAGUCUACGUAAUGAAUUGGCACGCGCGUUACUACGAAAUUCUGUGCGGACAAAUACCGUAAGAUCCAUGGUCAUACGAUGUCUUCACAGAAAAUAUCUGCAAAGGAUUCAGGUUCAAAAUACCUUACGUCUUACUGUGACCCCAUGGAAGCAACAAUUAAGGUAUUAUGCAGAUUAUCCGGAUCAUGUCAAAGUACAACUUCCUGCAUUGUCUCCUACCAUGGAAACAGGCACUAUUGUCAGUUGGCAUAAGAAGGAAGGUGAUAAGUUGAAUGAAGGUGACUUACUGGCAGAAAUUGAAACGGAUAAAGCGACAAUGGGCUUUGAAACACCAGAAGAAGGCUAUCUGGCAAAAAUUAUGGUAGCUGCAGGAACAAAAAAUGUCCCUAUUGGCAAACUAGUUUGUAUAAUUGUUCCAGACGAAGGUAGUGUAGCUGCCUUCAAAGAUUUUAAGGAUGAUUCUCCAGCUGCCCCAACUCCUGCACCAGCUGCUCCUACACCAUCCACUCCUCCUCCAUCACCAGUAACACCACCAGCACCAGCUGCACCAGCAGCACCAGCAGUGCCACAACCUACCCCAUCAGGGGAUAGAAUAUAUGUUACCCCAUUAGCUAAAAAACUUGCAGCUGACAAAGGCCUUAGUUUGCAGGGCUUAAAAGGUUCAGGACUGUAUGGUGCCAUAACAUCUAAAGAUUUAGAAGGUGCACCAGCUAUGGCUGUACAACCUGCUAUGGCAGCAGUAGCAGGUGCUCCAGGAGGAAUAGAUGUUCCUGUGUCCAACAUUCGAGCAGUAAUUGCUAAGCGUUUACUGGAAAGUAAACGAUCUAUUCCACAUUAUUACUUAUCAAUAGAUGUGAAAAUGGACGCUGCUUUAGAAAUGCGGGAACGAUUUAAUAAGAUGUUAGAGAAGGAGAAGGUAAAGCUUAGUGUAAACGAUAUCAUUAUCAAAGGAAUGGCGAUGGCUUGCAAAAAAGUACCUGAGGGUAACAGUGCUUGGAUGGGAGAAGUUAUUAGACAAUACAAUAAUGUUGAUGUAAGUGUAGCAGUAAGUACAGAGAGCGGUCUAAUCACACCAAUAGUUUUCGGUGCAGAUGGAAAGGGUAUAGUUCAAAUUAGCAAAGAUGUAAAAGAAUUGGCUACAAAAGCGAGGGAAGGAAAAUUACAACCACAAGAGUUCCAAGGAGGAACUAUCACUUUGUCAAAUCUAGGAAUGUUUGGCAUUAAAAACUUCUCCGCGAUUAUAAAUCCUCCCCAAUCUAUCAUUCUUGCUGUAGGUACAACUGAAGCCAGGUUAAUACCUGCCAAAAAUGAAAAAGGAUUCAUAACCUCCCAAUUUAUGUCUGUUACUGCCAGUUGCGAUCAUCGCACCGUAGACGGUGCAGUAGGCGCGCAGUGGUUAGCUGCUUUUAAGAGCUUUAUGGAGAAUCCAACGAAUAUGUUGUUAUAGUAAAUUCAACCGUUGAAAUGUUCAAUGGAGUAGUUUGAACGAGCGAAACUUAUAUGAGAAAAAAAGCAUUGUUUUGUUCAGGUACGAAAGGUGAUGAUGAGUAUCCUGUAUAUUUGUGUAUAGUACAAUGUCAAAUUGUUUUAUUUUACGCAUUUGUAAAUCGUCGAUUUUUGAUAGAUGCACAUUUUGAAGGGCACACUUUAUUUCUUUUACGCAGAAGCAUCAUUGCGACACACAAUUCAGGAAUCAAGGUGUCACUAAUAUCAUUAGGCCGAAUUUCUUCCUAUUCGAUUUUAGAAAUUUUAUAUAUGUGGUUUUUCAUUGAACAUAAAGUACAAGACUGACGAUUAAUUUUAUCGUUAUAAAAACAAAAGAAACGAUUCAUCAAAUUUAAAUGUUACUUUAUUAUUUCCGUGAAAAACCACAAACUUCCCCAGCAAUAGUAGUGGCCACGUGUAAAUAUGUGUAUUUAUGAAACAAUAUUACGGCCAUCAUUUAUUGCAAUGAAUUCAA